GGAAAGGUGUCCUCGUCACAGAACCUGCACCACAGUUGGCAUCUCUGUGGGUGCUCCCAACAGGGAGCUCAUGGACUGAUUUAGUUAUGGAGUCUGAGCUCUUCUCUCUUCCAUGGAGGUGACCCUUCCAGGACAGGGUUGAUUGAAUGGAGGAAGCUUACACUGCCAAUGUUGUAGCUGCUCGAUAGAUUUCAGUCUCCAGAGUGGACAAUAUGAAACCUUUUAUCAGCCCUGAAUUCUCUAAAUUAAAGUGCCACUGGGUGAAGCAUGGCGUGCAGGCACAAAAGGAGAAAAAGAUUUAUAUUUGUGGAAGUAUAUGUUCCUGUUUUGCAUUAUGGUCUCUCUGGGCAGACUGCUUUCCAUGCACCGAGCUCCAUGGCAGUCAGUGAGGCUCCAUGCUGAUGCCAGUGCGGCACGGGGAAGUAAGAGCUAGUCUGUACAUAGACUUGCACCCAAAUGUCCGCAGGUGUAAAUGAAAACUGGUUUACUUUGGUGCAAGUCUGUAUGUGGACCUGCAUAGAUCACAAUAGAAGUGGCUUUAGAAGUCAGUUUAGAUAACUGACCUUAGCUAAAUGUGACACUUAUCUCUUUUGGUAAGGAUACGUCACCUAAUGCAAUGGCAAAAAAAACUAAGUUAAGGCAGAGGCAGUAUUGCUUGGUGACAUGUCAUCCUCUUGCAGAACACUGAGUUGAGCAAAAUGCAAACCAUUUGAAAAUCAGGAAAUGCACAGUUAAGAUUGCCUGGGCAACCUUAACUCAGCCCUCUUUCUGCAAUGCCCCACUGUGCCCCAUUAAUAUACAUACCUUUACUCUGCCAAUCCCACAGUUGCUGAAAUGUAAAAGUAGGUGAAACGCUUGUACAACCCAUUCACUCUAACUCGCAGGAUUCCAACUAGCACUUGCUGGGAGUGGGGAAGGGUUGUCCAUGCCACCUUCCUCUAGCCUCUUUCAGCAACAUCUAAAUAUGCACAUAUUCACACUGACCCUUGGCAUUAUAAAAAUCAGGAGGUUGCAGAUCCUGACACACUCACACCCUUAGCCAACUUCCCAGAAAGAGUCCUGCAUGUGUACAAUUUAAGAACAACUUCACAGCCUUUUACAACUCUACUUACUCACAGGAUACCAUCUCAACCUAACUUUCACUUAACUAUCAUUAAAGCAUUAGAAUUCCCUUGUAUUCCAUUUCACUCCUGAUACCCUUUGUAAUAAAAGCUCUGUGCCCUGCUACUGACAAAACCUACACACUUCUGCAUAGAAAUGGUGCAUACUUCAUCCUGAAGGUACACAUGCACCUCUUCCCUUUCCUCACACACAUGAGGGUGCAAAACAUGGAACUUCUCAUAUCACAGUCACUGCUGUGUCACACUCCUCAAAGUAAUCCACACAUCUCACAAACACACCUUUACCAAGCAGAGCUAACUACUGCCUCCAUCAUUCAGUACAGCUACACCUGACACACACGUUACCUGGAAUGCAUGCAGGUAAUAAAUGCUUAGACUGUUGUCAUAUUCCAACUUGCUAUUGAUAAUACCCUUUGUAAUAAGAACUCUGUGCCCUGCUAAUGAUAGAAUGUACACAAUUCUGCAUUGAAAUGGUGCAUACUGGAUCCUGAAGUUACACAUGUAGCUCUUCCCUUUGCUCUCAUGCAUAUUGGAAGAUGCAAAACAUAGAUUUUGUCAUAUAAUAACUACAGGUCUGCCACACGCCUCAAAGUAAUCCACGUCCUCCUAUCACAAAUACACUUUUACCAAGCAGCCCCAGCUACUGCCUCCACCAUUUAGGGUAGGUAUAUGUAAUACGCUGACUGCACUUUCAGUGUAUGCAAAUAAUUUCCAUUGGCUACUGUCAGCUGUAAGGGAACAGAAGGAAGAUUACAUGGGCAACCUUUUUUGUCCUUUAAUAGUGCAAGAUGGAAUCCUGUGGGUGAACAUGAAUGGGUUGUCAAAAGAGGUGAAGAGCUUGUACAUUUCAGCAACUAUGGGGGUUGGCAGAGUAAAGGUAUGUGUAUUAACGGCAUAUUGGGACGUUGUUGGAAAAGGGCAUAGUUAAGGUUGCUUAGGCAACCUUAACGCUGCAUUUCCUGGGUUUCAGAAGUUUUGAGUUUUGCUCAACUCAGCAUUCUGCAAGGGGACAACAUCCUACCAAGCAACCUUAACUCUCCCUUAAAGUAUAUUUUUGCCUUUGAAUUUUCUAGUUUUUUGAACAGGAAAAGGUAUGUUGGUGAUAGGAAUAAAUAGUCGUUUAGGCAGUUGUACAUAUCAUGUCCUGCAAUUUGCAUACUGAGUCAGCUUGCCUCUGUGCACGCAUAUCAGCUGGACCCCACCAGUCCAGACCUCACCAGCCAUGCCCCUGACCCAUUCACUGCAUUCCCCAUUCCAACCUGGCUGUCCGUCCACUACUGUACCAGGACCUCCCACCACAAGCAAGAACACAUCUUCCUGAAGUCUUCGCUCCCUGGUAUAGGAACACUUCUAUUGGUUUACUUCCUCCCCUCCUAUAACUCAACUCACAUGCAGUGCCUGGAGCGAAGGACAACUAUGUUACAGUGGAACGGUAUUCCUGUUGAAGUUUCAGAGUUUUUGGAGGAUGGAGUUUGUGGCAGGACUGGAGAGAGAAAUCACAGACAGUGUUUCUGUUCCAAGGAAAAAAGAGCCCGGACCUAGGGGAGUAUGACCCCCUCACUCAGGCUGACAGUGAUGAGAGUGAAGAUGACCUUGUGCUCAACUUGCAGAAGAAUGGGGGAGUCAAGAACGGGAAGAGCACCCUGGAGGAGGUGCUGGACCCAGACUCAGAAGCGGAGGUCGAGGUGACAAAGCAGCGGCUGUCAGAGUGUGUCCCAGAUGGGUACCCUGCAGAGGCCACUGGCAGCCUGGAGCAGAAGGCAACCUCCUCCCUGAUGCCUUACCUGCGCACAGCAGUCUUUUUGCUUACCAUGGUUAUCUCCAUGAUUCUGGUGCUGGUGUGCGCCUUUCUCAUUCCUUGUCCUCCUAGAGACUUACAUAACACCUGGAACCGCAACCUUGGCCAGGAAGCAGGUGGAGUGCUGUUCCCACUGGAGCUCUCCGAUGUGAAUGGUGAUGAGCUCCCAGACAUUCUGCUCUCCUUCACAGCCCUGAUGAAUGCUAGCGUAUUGGGUGUUUCUAGGCCAUCAGUAACUGUCGUGGCCCUUUCUGGUAUGAACGGCAGCACCCUGUGGUCCAGCCACAUUCCAGAAGAGACUCGGAAUGUGCAGUGUAAAGGACUGACUCUCACCGCCCCAGCUGAGCCUAUCUGCCUUGUAACUGGAACAUCCAAAUUCCUCAGCCUUCUCCAUGCCUCCUCAGGGAAAACCAUCUGGACACUGAACCCAGCCCACCUGCCAAGCGGGACCCUGGCUGCACCAGCCGUCAUGCUGCCAGAUUUGGAUGGGGAUAAAGUUGGAGAUCUGGUGGUUCUGGCCAUUGGAGAGACCCAGCCAGACCUGUGCUUUAUCCUGGUAUCGGGUAAGACAGGAAACCCUCUGGGUGGGCCCGUGAAGUACAGCAUCAAUGGAGAAGGAAAACUGAUCGGCCCCCAAGCCCACAUUACCAGCCGAGGAGCCAUCUAUAUCCUGUUUGGCUUUGGGAAUGUCCAAGCAGUCGCCCUGAGGGAUCUCUUUGCCCAAGCCAGAAACCGUGACCGCUUCCCUCCUGUGCUGCAGCGGGAGGAGCCGGAGUGGGAGAAGCGCAGAUCUGUCAACUUAUCGGAGCUCAUUGACAUUUACAGCGGGGGUGUUGAGUUCCUGCAGAUGGUGAGGGCUUCAGAUACCAACUGCAGCGACCUCCUCAUCACCACAAAACACAGCCUGACUCUGCUGCGAGGAGAGGACCUGGAGCCCCGCUGGAACCUGGAGCUGCAGGACAUUCACAGGUUAGUUACACUUUUUUUUUUCUGUCUCUCCUUUUUCUCUUUCUCUCCUCCAGGCACACACACACACCUGUGGGAAUCAUCUGGAAUUAUUCCCCAAGCUUGCAGGGAUACCAGGGAGCUGGAGUCAUGUGUGUGUCACCAACCUGCCCCUGGCUACUUCAAUGCUGACCAAACCCUGGACUUCAUGGUGCAGGCGCAGAGCAACGACAAUGUGAAAAAGAUGCUGGUGGUGGAUGGUAAAUCAGGCCUCCCUGUUUGGAGCUAUGAUCUCCCGUGUCACAUGCAGGAAUCUGAUGCACUGUCAGUGAUGACUUUGGAGAGGAAAUCUGUUUUUCUCUUCUGGGCUGAUGAAAUGCAGCCUGCAUUACAAAACUCGGAGCCUGGCCUAAGAAACAAGCGUCCAGGGCUACACCACCUCUACCUCCUGCACCCUACCUUUCCUACCAUCCUUUUGGACCUCACCAAUGUAACAGACACAGUGACUGCUUCAGCCAUUGGAAUUAAUGAUCUCCAAAAAGAUGCGUUUUACAUCACGAUGACAACGAGCCCUACCUCCGAAAACCAGCCGGGCCUGCUGUUGGUCAGCAAGCUGAGCCUGCGGUGGGCCAUGCUCACUCAGAGCCGAAUGGUGCCACUGAUGGAGACCACCCCAAAAAUCAGCCGUGGGGAAAUGAGGAGAUUCCUCUCCAGGCUGAAGUUUAUUGAUUUUCCUCACAAGUUCUAGUGUUGGCCUGUCAGGUUUCAAUAGCCAGGUGGACGUGUGGUCUGGGUGGGGCACGGGGAGCUGCUCGGCGAUUCCUCAGGACGUCCGCUGUGCCCAGGGAGUGGGGACUGAGCACUCUCUCUGUCCCCACCCCCCACUUGCUGUGGAAUGGCAGGGCCGGGUUUGCCAUUGCCAGAUGCCACCACUGGGAGAACUGUAUGUGACCCCUUCCCCCCCACACCCUGCCUGCAUGCUUCCUUCCAGGUAACAUGGCAAUGAGAAGGCAGAGCAGUAGAGCUGUGAAUAGAUACAUGUAUAUUUUUGUAUGUUUAAUUUAUGAACUGGUUCCAGGAAGCUCCCAUUUGUGUCCAUCCAGCAUUUCCUGCCAUUCUGCUCUAAUCUCUGUAUUUUUGUAGUGGAGCCUCUGCCUGGCUUAUAUGUGGCAGGGCUGGUCAUGGAGGCUCCACCAGCUGUCCUACCUCUUUAUUUUACAGUCCCCAGGGCACUCCCCUUUUCCAUGUCCAGUUCCCAGUCUCCUGAACCGUCCAGCCCUCUGUGCCCUUGGCAAGUUGGGAAUGUGUGCUCCAGAGGAGAAAGGUUCCACGUCCCCACUCCAAUUGCCCCUCCCAACCAGGUUGAAUUGGUUGGUGGAGAGGCUCCCCAUUCCUAGGUCGCCCUUUCCCCUUGCUUUGUUUGCGGGCCCAGAGCUCCAUAGAAACAUGCCCAAUAUUCACAACAACAUCACACCAUUUGGAUCCCAAAGCAAAUUUGUUAACUGAAGUGGGCCAGAUCCUCAGGAACAGGGGAGUGCAACCACUUUUUGCCGUGCCUCUGGCAGACUCUAGCCUGGAUAUGUGGCCCCAGGAAUAUCUCAGCAGUGUGAAGUGGUUCCUCAGAUGGUGUAAAGGCUUUUCUGAACCCCUUGCUUCUUGCAUAGGAGGAGGGGCUGGAGGCAGGGGGUAGAGCCAGGAGACCCUUUUCUGAACUGAUCCCCAGCUGCAGUUUUGGUCCUUUAUGGCCAUCACCAGGUAGCAUAAGUUAGAAUAGCCAGAAGGCUGCUCUGACUUAACAGUGGGGACCUGUGCUACUCCCAGCUGCCCCAGAAUCAGGAGAGGAUUAAGAUGGGCUUUAUAUUAUCACUCUCCCCCCGCAACCUUCCUCGCAGUGCAAAAGCCAGAUCUGUCCCCAGUAUAUUUUAAUUCUAUGAAAUGUAAUCUCUGUGUCUCGGGGGGUGUGAUGGCCUGUGCUCCAAUUCUGGAGUGUCCAUAAAGCCUCCUGUGACAUAGGGACAACGCCUCCUUGGUGACGUCUGGCCCCUACUAACUCUCCCCGUUGCAGGGUGCCCUCUUAUAGGAACUGGUUUCCCAGCAUGGCUCUCUCGGGCUGGCCCUUUACAUUUGGCAGAGCCAAGCAACUGUAGCCCUAAAGUGGCCAAUUGGCUGCUGCUUGGUACAUUUUUCUCUCCUCCAGCUAGCAUGUCCCAUUUGUUUUCCUCCAGUUCUUCGUUUCUUAGUGCUGAGUAGAGCGCACAGUUUGGCACCUCCUUUUAAAAGAGCACAUGAGCUAUGGGUGUGGUUGGCUCUGUACCCUGGGCUCUUGGCCCAGCUCCUCACUGCUUGUUUCUCUUGCUCUCUCUCCAGUGAAAUGCUUCUGUACAGUCUCUUCAGGGGUAGCUGCAACCCCGAGGCUGGGCUUUGGGCCUCUCCUUAUUAAUGCCAGAGCCUUUGAACAGUCUGUAUAUGUUUAAUGGUAUUUGUGUGUAAAUAUCUUUGUAAAUAUUAGCACAACUGUAACAAGGGACUCUGGUCCUGGCACCUGCCCGGCCUCUAUUCUCUUCUAGCUGGGUGUGGUGUUCAUAUGUGUUGGUUGGUUUGUAAAUCGGGCUGGCUGGUGGUGGCUGAAUGUAAGUACCAGUAGGCAAGUUAGGAACAGGGAUGUGCUUCCUCCUUCCCCCCCCCACCCCAUCUUGCUGGGAAAGGCUGGUGAGUCACUACCCGAAGGAGUAAUUCCCCUGAGGUGCUUCCUUAAACUCCUAGGCAUGAUAGUCAAUGUCCAGUGAUGCUAGCUCCCCCAUAUUGUGAAUUUCUCCUGUGCAUUCCCACUGUGAAGUAAGACUCUGUCUGUAUAUUGUUGGGAACUGUGAACUGCAGUGAAACAAAUAAAUAUCAUGUACAACA